AUAUUAUCGUGCCAUUCGUUCGACAUCCAAAAAGAAGAGCAGGAGCAAAGCAGAGCUAAAACUUAAAUCUAACCAUAAAACCCUAGAGCAGAGAAAGUUACAAUAUGUUCGCCCACAAAUUGGUGCUGCUAGGCACAACAUUGCUUUUGCUGAGCAGCGCAGUUCACUCGCAAAGUUCUAUUAGUUUGAAGGAUGCCAAUUUCGAGGAGGCACCAAAAACUCUGGAAACAACUUCAGAGAAGCCAAGCAGCAGCAGCAGCACCUCCACCUCAACAACCACCACUACAGCAGCACCCAAAACUUCGACGACGACCACUGAGAAGACAAGCAGCAGCUCUAGCAGCUCCACAUCGACAACAACGACGACCAGCACUAGCACCAGCACCAGCACUGAACCACCAAAGACAACCACUACACCUGCGCCAGUGCCAACCACUACCCAUGCACCGCAACCAUAUCCUGAGCCCAAGGUCGGCACAUGGAAUGCAACCUGCAUUCUGCUCACCAUGGCCGCCCAACUGAACUUUACCUAUGAGACCAAGGAGGGAAAGAUGGCACAUGGCCUGUACAACAUACCCUCGAAUGCCACCAUUGGAGAUCAUGUGUGCGACAGCCAGACGAUUCAAAGUAUUCAAUUGAGCUGGGGACCCGCAACCUCUGUCCAAUCGAUGGUGAUGCAGUUUGACAACAAGAAUGCAACCACUGUGCUGUCCGCCAUCCAAAUCCAUUUGUCUGUGCUCAGCGAGGACUUCCCCGAUGCCAAGGAGAACCAAACUCUUCAGCUGAUUCAUCGCGGCAGUGAUGAAUUUAAGACGCCCGAGAAGAUGUCCUACCACUGCACACGCCCUCAGAAGCUAAACUUGACCGAGACUGUGGACUUGAAGCCAGAGAUUGGAUGGCUCAGCGUUAGCAACGUGCAGGUGGAGGCAUUCCGUGGUGCAAAUGCCGCCGGCUUCUCCACCGUACACGAUUGUGAUAGCUCGGAGACCUCGGAUGUGGUGCCCAUUGCUGUUGGCAUUGCCCUGGCCGCCUUAAUUCUGGUCGUUCUCAUCUCGUAUCUAUGCGCACGCCGUCGCUCCAACUCGAGCGGCUACAUGAGCUUCUAAGUAGGGAGUAGGAGGAAUAGCACCCCCAGCAAAUAGGGCACGUUGGAAUGGGAUUGAAACAGAGAUCGAAAGAGAGCAAAAAGAGGACGAGAGAUAGCAAAGCGUUUUGGUGUGUGUGUUUGAAAUCAGAGAGAAAAUUAAGAUUGAUUUUGAUAGAAGAUAAUUGGAAGCCGUCGUCUGUGAGCAUGUGAGGAGGAAUGAUCCAUUUCUUGUUUCGUGAAAAUUUCUGUUCAGUUUUGUAUUUGUUUUCGUCUAAAUCGUAGAACGCGCUCAAAAAGAGAAUGAAAGUGGCAAGGAAAAGGGGAAAAAAUGUAAAAGAAUUCAAUCGGAAGAAGCUCUGUGUAAAUCUGUGUCUGUCCCCCAUGUAAUGUGUGUCCAUAAAUUGUCGUCUCCGUCUGUCCACCCUCCCCCUGAAAUUUUAAACUUGCAAUAGAAGCACACCACACACACACACACACACACACACACAUUUUACUCAAUAUAUCACGUAAAAUUAAUUAGCGUGUGUCACACUCCGAAAAAAAAAAGGUGAAAACGAGCAAAGGGGGGGUUCAACGCUAUUGGCUGAUGAAAUUAAUAGUUGAUUAUGGGGUCGAGCUAUUUCCAACUAGAACGAACAUCAUUUUUAAAUUUUGAACGUAAUAUUAUCAAAAUACACACACAACACACAGAUUUAUUGUAUUAUUGGCCUUGAAAGCGUAAAUAAAAAUAAUAUUUAAAA